AUAGACUCACCCAAGCUCAAAGUAUUGCUUGGAAUUGUUGUCUUCAGAUACGCAAUCCUUGACAUUUUGUGACUCAGUGAGAAGUCUCAAUAUUUUCGGUGAGACCACGCGCAAGGACUUUUCAACUGUUCAACAUAAACUUCGCAAACAACCUUGCUUGCGGUGUUGGUACACGGUUGGCCCACGGCACACCUUUGGUAUGCUAGGUGAUUUCAGGCUUUGCAGCAAUCAGCAUUGGGAACGAUGACCGUACCGUCGAAGCGGGCCUCGACUCGUACUUUGAGAAUAUUCCAGCGUCAAUGUUCACGGCAUUCCGAUGCUUCACAGGAGAAUGCAUCAAUGAGGACGGGAGACCAAUCACUCAUAUGUUAGCGAGAAGGUUUGGACUUCCGUUCAUUCUGGGAUAUGUGGCAAGCUAUAUGUUGGUGGCCAUGGGGAUCUUCAAUGUGAUUCUUGCAGUUUAUGUUGACAUCACCAUGAGAGCAGCCAAAGAAAACGAAGCGACCACUGCAGAGCAGUACUCCAGAGAGUCCGUCCGCAUCGCCCGGACCACCCGGGAGCUAUUGAAGUUUUUUGCCAAUGCCUACAACCAGUUUGAGAAACUCGAGGAUAAGCAGAUUGAGAACGCGCUGCACGGGAGGAGCAAGAGCAAGAUUGGUUUGGGAACACCUGCUGGCCUCUUCACGGACGAUGAGCAUAUUGAGGGGGUUUCUAUCACAAAGGAGCUCUUCUUGCUGGUAAUCCAAGAUCGUUAUGCUCAGAGUCUCAUGGACGACUUGGAUUUGCCGCAUGACGGGGCCAACUUGUUUGAGAUCAUCGACGCAGAUGGCUCGGGCAGCUUGGGACUUGCUGAGCUUGUGCAAGGUUUGCUGAAGAUCCGUGGCGAGAUCAACAAGAGCGACACCGUGGCAGCGUUGUUGGCGACCAAGGCUGUACAAGCACAACUGAGCGAGAUGAUGGAGGCGGGAGUCAAAGCGCUUCUGGAGGAGAGCUCGCAAAAUGCCAAGAAACUGGAGAGAUUGAGCCAGGAGCUUCAAGGUCGGUUCAUGGAUCUCACUUUCCGGAUGGGCACUGCUGUAGACCAUGGAUACGAAGCAACGCCGCGCAAUUCUAAGAAGACCACAAAAGAUGAAGAUGGCGGAGGUGGAUUCCCGUCUCUUGCUGUGCUGGACUUGCCUGUGCGGCCUGAGCUGCAGAUAGAGGAUGACGACCACCUCUUUGUUCCUGUCGGCAGGUUUGAACCGGCAGCAGACACAUCAACAGGUUGAAGGCCAAGUGAACUUUUAAGUCUUUCCUCUCAGAUGCCUGCGGGACUGAUGAGCUCAUAUCCUCUAAGAGGAUGCUGACCCAGGUUUUGAACAUGCUUGCCAAAGGGCAAGUUCAAAGGAUUUUUCAGGGGACGUAUAGCCGCGGCCCCGAAGAUCUUGAAGAUAUUGUUGCCAGUUGUUGUAAUCCACACCAGUCAACGAGGCGUAGAAAUCCUUCAAAGGUUGCUG